AUGAGUCGUGGUCUUUAUUUUUACGACCAAUUUACUCGUGUAUCUCAUGUUGGUGGUAUACAUCGAUAUAAACGACAUCCAGAAGAAUUAAAUCAAGCCUUACAUCAUGUUCGAGUUGCUUUAGCUGCUGAAGAUGAUCAACCAGCUAAAGCAGAAACAACACCAACAACAACAAUCAAUCCUACACCAUCUCCUGUUAAACAACAGCUUGGUAAACAGACAAAUGAUCUUCUUUUAAGAACAAUUCAAAGAAAAUUAAAAGCACCAAUUGUUCCUGACUUAUUAUUCAAAGAUUUAGAUACAUUAUUUCAAAGAUUUGAUGAUAAAUCUAAAACAGCUGUAUCAUCAUCAACAUCAAAACUUCCAUCAUCAAUAGCUCCAAAAUCUGCUCCAUCUACUCUUCCUGAUAGCGAACAAGAACUCGAUGCAAUGCCAAUUCAAGAAGCUGAUGAUGAAGAUGAAUUAAUAGCUGCAACAGCAAAUGCACCUAAAAUCUCUUUACCAGGCUCAUUAAUUAUUGGAUUACAUUCAACAUGGUCUGAUCUUAUCGAAAAUACUGAAUAUAAAUAUAAAACUUGGCAAACAAAAGCUGGUGAAGAUAAUUGGCGUCGUUAUGUUGAACGAAAACGUAUAGAACAACUCAACGCUGAAAAACAUCGAACAACUGCUGCUAGUAAACAAGCCAAUUAUCGUCAAGGAACUUCGCGUACAGGUCAAACUUCUUUUACAAAUCUUUCUCGUCAGCAACAAUCGUCAACAUUAAAUCCUCAAAUGCGUUCAAAUCGUUCAUUAUCUCGUGUAUCAUUUAUAAGUACAAAUACAGCUACACAAUUAGAUCAUGCUAAAUUCCUUAAACCAAUUCAUCAAGGAAGUUUAGAAAGUCUAACGGAAUCACUUAAAAGUGGAAUUCAUGUUGAAUUUAAAUUAUCAACACAAAUCGAUCAAACAAAACAACAACAACAAUCACAAAUUCAAGCAUUAAACGAACAAAAAGGUGUCAUGUUUGAUGUACCUAAACCCAUCGUUGAUGUACAUGAAGAUAUUAUUGCAUUAACUCAAACAAGAUGUAAACGUCUUUUAGCUGAAACAAAACAAAAAAUACUUGCAACAGUGCCAGAUUCAAAUAUUCAAAAUCCAAAAAUAUGUAAAGUUUGGUACUAUGGUGAAAAUCAUCUUGCUAGAACUAAAAGCAAUUUAUUAACUUUAAAUGAAUUAGCUCGUCAGUUAUUUCAUAAUGAACAAAUAAAUAAAAGAUUUUGUUUUAUUGAUAUUUUUAUUAUAGGACGGCAAAAAUCAAAAUUUAUUUUUUCAAUCUUACGAAGAGAAAUCCCUGAAAAAUAUAAUAUUGAUAUUGAAAUACCAGAAAUAAAAAGUAAAUGUUAUUUGGAAUUGACUGAUGGUUCAAGUCAAAUUUAUUAUCCAUCUGGUCGUUUGGCUGUAUUACGUAUUCAUUCACCUAAUUCAAUGGUACUCUUUUUUGAUGAUACGGAUGUUCCAGAAAAUGCAUUUCUCGGUCUUGUUACAUCUAAUGGUAGUGUUAUUAUAAUGCAACCAACACUUCAUGCUCGUUUUAUAGCUGAUAGUCAACAUGAACGUGGUUAUUUAUGUAACGGUAAAACAGGUAUAAUUGAUAAACAACUUCAAUGGCAUUCCAAUAGUCUUGUAACACAAUCGACUUUAUCAAAUGAACCUACAACAAAUGAUGAAGAUGAUAUUCUUCCAGCAUUACUUGAAAGUACUGUUCAAUUACAAUUAAAUCCUUUUAUGCAACUUGAAUAUCAAAAUCAAACAAAUAUACGUUUUGCAUUUGCAUGUCAAAAAGAAGAAUUUAAAUUUCAAUUAGGAGUUCAUCUAUCAACACAAUCAACAACAUCAGCUGAAUUAACAAAAAAAAAUCUUUUAGAUAAAAAAUUUCAAUCAAAAUCAAAAUUAUCAACAAUUCUAUCAAGUUCAAUAAAUUCAAAUCAAACAUCAAAUAUUUCAGAAAAACAACAAAUUCAAGUCGAAAGAUUAUUAGAUGGACAAGUUAAUGUUAAAGAAUUACCGAUGAUUAAAGAAUUAAAUAAUUUAAGAAAACGUAUUAGAAAUAUAUGUAAUGAUUGGCUUAAAUCAUGUCGAACAACAUUAGGUGUCAUGGAUAUUGAUUCAUAUUGUCUACCUGAUUGGCCAUCAGCAUCAAAUCAAUUAAUUGCUCCAAUUAUAAAAUCUCAAAGUAAAAGCGCAAAACAACCUAGACAUGUAACAAUAUUAGCAAGAAAUGAUUCAGCAAAUAAUGAAUUUCUUCAACCAAGUGAAAGAGAACAAAUUGUACGAACACAUUCAGCAAAAAAAUCUGAACCAAAUCUUAUUGCAGAUACAAUUAUGCAAUUUAUACCCCGUUCGGAUAGUGGAAGAAGUAUGAAACAAAAAUUUUAUGCAAAGAAAAAUCGUUUAUCAACAACUCUGCCAGCUAUUAAAACUCAUCUAACACUAACGUCAAAUGAAGAAAGACCAUUUUCUCGUACUGUAAUGCCAGGUGAUCUUCCAUUUUCUUGUCCUAAUUUAAUUCGUCAACGUCUUAUUCAAGAUGGUCCAACAUCGACAAUAGUACAUGAUACAUGUACAUGUCGUGCUGAUCAUAUUCCAAUUAUUCAUGAUCUUGAAUUUGAUACAUUUAUUGAAUUAGCAGGUCAAAUAAAUCCUAAGCAAUUAGUUGUAAUAGGCAUAAUAAAUUCAAAUCUUCGUCAAAUUGAAUAUGAUCAAAAUCAACAAUCAAAUGAAUUACAUGAAAUUCUUCAAACAUUACAUUAUCAUCUUAAUUAUGGUCGUAGUCAAAUAUCUAUAUGUCGUUUAUCCACCAAUGAUGAUUAUCGUUGUUUAAUAUAUGAUUUAGCCGAAGCAACAAAACAUAGUUCAUUAUAUGGACCAUUACUUGUUCGACGUCAUAAUGUUCAACCUGGUUUUGUUCUUAUUUAUCAACAUGGACAUGUUAUUUUCGGUGAUUCGAUUUUUAAUGGUUAUGGAAAAAAUCUGCAAGACCUAAAAAAACAAUUAAAUCGUAUGAGACACCAACAAAUUGCUUUACCCGAAGAAUUCAAAUUCAUAUCUGAUCAUCGACGAACAAAUCCAACAAUUUUGAAAUCAGUUUAA